AUCCUUUACAUGAUUAAACAUUUUAUGUAUUACAGGUGAAAAAUGAGUUGUCCCAAGAACCCACAUACAUUCACACCCAAGCAGUUCGUUAUAGAUUAACAGUGUAAGCAAGCAAGGUGUUUUUAUUAGCUAGAUCCUUUGCUGGCAGGCUGCAUUUGUUAGUUACAAAGAAAGAAUCAAUCACUUUAGAAAGUGAUUAUCAAUCACCUUAUAAUUAUAAUUACCUUAUAAUAUAAGAUUACCUUAUAAAAGAUUACCUUAUAAUCUUAUAAAGAAAGGUAAUCUUAUAAAAAAGUCUUAAAGGAAUUUUAAAUCUAAACUUUUAUAUAUGAAAUCCUCAGGGUGCAUACCCACUCAUCAACAGUUUUUUUAUUAAAUCAUAUCAGGAAGCUGAGGGCAGAAAUGUGAUAAGGAAUUAAUCAUUACCUUUGAUCACCAACUUAUCCGAGCCAGCAAUAGCCCCGUUGCCAUUGUUUUGUUCCCUGACCUCUAUGAGUGUCUUGUUCAACUAUUUGUUUUUCUAAACUUUAAAUUGUCCCCAAGAUUUUCUGCCUCAAAGCCAUUAACAAAAACACCUUAACCUAACCUUAUUAACAAUUGUACAUGUCUAAAUUCUUUCUAAAGAUGGUGGUUGAAUCAUUAAUCUGCUCUAGCAGCAAUGCUUGGAAAAAGUCAAUCACUAUUAUAAUAAUAAGUACCAAUAACAUUGCUCAGUGAGGUUCCAGAAACCCCAUCAGAGUUUUCAUACAACACAUAGGUUAUGAGGAUGUGGUGACCAUGAAGGCAACAAUCAGAGCUAUGCUGAAUAACAGCAUGAGGUCCUCAGGACACAUAGUCAGUCCUCAGGGAGUUGCCUCUCCAAAGAUCAUUCAUGCAUGGCUUUGCCAACAGCCCAGCCAUGUUCCAUGAGUUCCAAUGCGGCCUGUUGGUACCCUUGCAUAGCCCUGGACAGGACAUGACUGCUCCCAGGUAUGGUGGAGGAGAAAGUUUACUGUGGAUAAAAAGGGAGAGUGUUGCCAGAGGCAGAGACAUCUGGAGGAGUCCAGAGUGGACAUGACCCUAAGCCAUGUGAGGAGACUGAGAUAGGAAAGGAGAAGGGAGAAAGGGAACCUGGUGCAGCAGCCAAGAGGGCAAAAGAUAUAAAGAGCGGGUAACCAGAAUGUCUGGAUGAUAUAGGGAAGAGCCUCUGGGGGGAGAGGGCAGCCAGCCAUGAGCACCCUGUAACAGGUAGGGACUAAGGGAUGCUAGGAGAACCUGGUGGCUAGGCGUGCUUUGAUAUAUUAAAUAGGUACCUCAGUCAUUUGUCCAGGGUUUGAGACCUAACAGGCUAAAAGCAGAGAGGAAGAGAUUUCAGAAGAUCAUUUCAUGGAAAUUUUGCAGCAAUAACCUUGUAUGGUCUGUUGAUUGGCUGCUCACAUGUCCUUGGAAUUUGCUAGUAAGUAUGAAAAAAAAACAUUGAAGAAAGAAAGAAUAUGGACUGGAGCGAUUGCUCAGUGGUUAAAAGCACUGUUGCUCUUACAGAGGACGACAGUUCAGUUCCCAACACCUAUAUGGUAGUUAAUAUACGAGACUCCAGUCCCAGAGGACACAACACCUUUGUUUUUUUCAAGAGGAGGUAGAGGAAUAUGGGAGACCCAGUUUCAUGGCCUGCUCAUUUUUUUUCCCCGUGGGAGGAAAAAUGGAAAUUGUACUGCUUCCAGCCAAUAUCUGGCACCAAUUCUGGCCCCAUCAUUUGUGGCCCACGACUCUUGUGGUAUGCCGAAGAUUCACAGGCAGUUUCUGUGGAACAUCUCCCUGUCCGUCUCUAAUCAAGUACCAUAUAAACAAGAACUUGCCUAGUCACACGUGUGAGGACUGUCCUCUGACUGCCAAAAAGAUCAGUACAGGCUCCAGAAUGGCAGCCACUCUCAAGUUGUUAAAACUUUUAAAAUAUCAAGCAUCUUGUAAUCCUUCUGCCUACUGUGCAGCCCAAAGCAUGGCAUAUUGGAAUAUGAAAAACAGCACACAUCAUGGGGGACAGAACCUUCCUGAACGUAAUAGCUCCUGCCAUCCUGCCAGAGAAGUUAAGAACAUUGGUAAUACCACCUUGUCACAGAGAAUCUGCUCAACCGGCAGUGCCCACCUGAGUUUGGAAUUCAACAAAGCUUCUACCCUUAAGGCCAGCACAUUGCAUCCAGGCUCACCCUCUACCAAAAGAGUUGGUAAAGAGGAUGUAGAGUAUUUUGAUUCCUUCGAAGGAACCCGAGUGUUCUUAAAGCUAAGGCCAGAGUACCAGCUUCACAGCUAUAACAGAUCCGAGACUCACCAGCCCCUGUCUGUUUCAGAAGGUGAACUAAUUUUGCACAAAGUCAGAGUUCAUCAAAAUAAACUGCAGCCAGAAGUCAUUACUACUUAUUUUUGUAAGCUGAGCUCUCUGCCAGUGGAACAGCAUUCUGUUGUGCUGUCCAGUAACAGCUUUGCUUUGCUCUGCCAACUGAGUGUGAAAAACAUGCAACUCUUUACUACCUCAGAUCUGAUCAGUAUUUUGAAAGCCUUUGUUGAUUUAAGAAUACCUCUCUCCCCUUCAAUGCUGAAUGUGUAUGAAACCAGAUUUUGCCGUCAGGUGUGGGAGAUGAAUCUGGAUCAGCUUCUCUUGGUCGCUGAUCUCUGGCGGAACUUAGGCCACAGAGUGCCUCGUUUUUUAAAUUUUUUUUUUAGUUACCUUCAUUUACACUGGAAAGAGCUAUCCUUGUCUCAACUGAUUCACUUAAUUUAUAUAAUAGGUGAAAAUCGUCAGGUACCACAGGACCUAAUGCAAAAACUAGAAUCACUGAUCCUUAAGUAUUUUGAUCUGAUAAAUUUAGAGGAGGUUGGUACAAUCUGUUUGGGGUUUUUUAAAUCAAGUAGUAAUCUCUCUGAAUUUGUCAUGCGGAAAAUUGGAGAUGUAGCUUGUGCUAACAUGCAGCAUCUCAGCAACCACACCUUAGUUCACAUUCUUAAAAUGUUCCGCUUUACUCAUGUAGAUCAUGUGAAUUUCAUGAGGCGGUUUGGAGAAAUUGCUCCUCAGCGAAUCCCUUCUUUGGGGGUUCAGGGUGUUAUGCACCUCACUCUUGCCUGCUCCGCCUUACGCUUCCUGGACGAAAGAGUAAUGAAUGCAGUAGCUGCCUCUUUGCCUCCAAGGGUAACACACUGUCGAAGUAAAGAUGUUGCCAAAAUUCUGUGGUCAUUUGGAACCCUGAACUAUAAACCACCCAACACAGAAGAAUUUUAUUCCAGUCUGAUAAAUGAAAUCCACAGAAAGAUGCCUGAAUUCAACAAGUACCCGGAGCACCUUCUGACCUCCCUUCUUGGCUUGGCUUUUUCUGAAUACUUUCCGACUGAGUUCAUCAAUGUUGCUCUAAGUCCAGAAUUUGUCAGGUUAGCUCAAGAGAAUAGUAAGUUUGAACUCACUAAGGAACUGUAUACUCUUGAUGGUACAGUUGCCAUUGAGUGUCCAGAUUACGAGGGCAAUCGUCUUAAUUCUCACCUUCAGCAAGAGGCAUCUGUAAACCUGUGGAAUUUAGCACGUAAGGAUAUGAGGUCAAAGCCCGAGUUCUUAGAAGCUCUCUGUUUACUUGAGACCAUCUUAGGUGGCCCCCAGUACAUCAAGCAUCAUAUGAUUUUGCCUCACACCCGAUCUUCUGACUUAGAGGUUCAGCUUGAUGCUAACAUGAAGCCACUGCCAAUUAACAUCGAAGUAACACCAACAGAUGAUGUAGCCCAAUUACGGUUUAAGCAGGUGGGAGUCAGCCUCACAGAUGGUUUGAUGAACCGGUUGCUAAAGGCAAAAGCCAAGAGGUCUUUCCAGAGGGAAAGUGAGUUAGAGACUGGCCAGCCACCUAUGGAGUUAAGAAAGAAGACAGCCGGACCCUUGGUGGACUCUGCUUGUAAUGUGACAGACAGAUCAGGGGAUGUGGGGAUAGAUGGCCUGUGCCCUGUAGCCCACAUGCAGCCUCCACUAGUGAAGCUAGCUAUUCAGUUGACAAACAAGAACCAAUAUUGCUAUGGUACCAGGGUUCUGCUUGGACUGCACAAUAUGAAGAGGAGGCAGCUGGUUCGAAUUGGGUACCGCGUGGUAGAAUUAUCCUACUGGGAAUGGCUUCCACUACUGAAACGGACUCGCUUAGAGAAGCUAGCAUACCUCCAUGAGAAAGUAUUCACCUCUGCUCUCUGAAGUACCUUCAUGGGCAUUUAUGCUC